AUGCCGAAUACACGCAGAAAAGCCUGUCAGCAAUGCAGAUCAUCCAAGGCUCGGUGUUCUCUUGCCUUGCCAUGUUCACGUUGUGUCGAUCGCGGAUUAUCAUGUCAUUAUCCCACGCUAAGAAUCAGGGACAGGAAUAAGCCCCAAUUAAAUAUUUUACCUGAUACUACCAAUUGUCCUUCGAACAACCGAGAUUCUACUUCAGAUACAUCAUAUCGCCACUCAGACAUUAUCACCGAUGCCACAUCUCUAGGAGACUUCCUUCAGCCCACGGAACUUAUUGAUUGGAAUGACGUUGGACAAAAUGGUGAUCUAUUAGAUCUUCUUCAUACAUCGCUUGUUGACACGAAUUUUACUUCUUCUGGCUUCGACAUUAGGGCAUGUGGUGCAGUUCAAGCUAGUACUCUUCAAUCGAGUACUAACACAUCUGAAAACUUGUCAAGUUUUGUCUCGGCACUCAACUCUGCUGACACAGCCAACAAUAUAAUCAGUGAAACUACACCUCGAGUCAAUGGUCCAGCAUCAACUUCAAGACGUAAUCUACCAUCCCGUUCGCCCCUGUUGAGAAGAGGACAAUACAAACAGAGGAAUAGCGUGUCAACAUUUCCAUCUCCUACAACUACAGCAGCAAAGACCCUGACACAUAAGGUUCUUCGAGGCCAAAUAAGAUGCUAUCCAGAGAUGAUGAUUCGUGGAGUAGUCCUCCCUCAUUUUAUUCAUCCUCAGUGUGUCUUGAGGGAUCAGUCAGUACAGGACUGUAUCUCUGAUUCCGGGGCACAUUCGUGUUUGCCGGAGUCAUUGGCAAUCUGCGCAAGUCUUAUGCACAUGUUCUUCACCAAGAGUGAAACAAGCAGUGAGUUUGUAAGAAGCAAGAUAUACGAAGAGCUCUGUCGUUUGCAUCGAGAGCAUACGACCUAUGAUGUUGAAGCUCUUUUGGCUGCGUUCCAAGCUUCUAUCAUAUAUGUUUUGGUACACAAAGAGGCUGCAUCUUCUGCGAGUAGUCAAUAUGAUGAGCCUACAAAUUCUAUGUUGGUCAAAUGUGCGGUACGGUCAUCCACUUUUUCGGGCCCCUUUUUCUGUUACUCAUCUCCUAUGCGUCCUAUGCAUAAGGGAAACACAUUUCUAACACAGUUAGGAGUAUUAGGAUAUUGGGACGCAAUUACACAUACUUUGUGAUUACGAGUCCGUCCCUGAAGCCCCCUAUGAUAUUCGCCAAAUGCGCUCGACUUGGGUUCUAUAUGAAAGUACCAGAAGGUUCGUACAUAUCUUUUUUUCCCGUGCCUCUAACGAAUUGUUUCUUGUUUUACCUGCAUU